UCGACUUAUUCGAUCUAGCAGUCGAUCACGGAACGCUUAGGUGUGCAUUUAUCGCAUUAUUUUAACAUCAAAACUGUAAAAGUGAUACAGAAGUUAUUGUAUGUCGUGAUACACGUGGAUCUAAAAAAAAAUUUAGAAAGUAUUGUGCAUUACAAUAUCGUGAUCAUUAUAAAAAAAAAAUAAAAAAACAAAUAUAAUAAAAAUACUAAAAAUAUCGAAAGCGUGAACAUAACUACUUUUUAUAAGCAUAGAAUAGUAUAUAAAUUAUAAGUUCAUAUUUUUUUUCGUUAUUCAUAAGAAAGCAAGAACAUCGAAAACACAUUUCCUCCACCAGAAGAAAUAUGUCGUACUUCGGAACGAAACUUGCUGUUUUUAUGCUUGUGUGUGGCAUUGUUUUCAGUCAAAGUGAUAAUAGAGAGAUCGAUAAUUCAGACAAGAUCGUUUUCCCUGGACAAACCGGCCAAGAUGACAUCGAUAAUGUAAGAAGAUCUAUAGAACCUUCGAAAUCAGAUGACGACGUAUUAUCGACUUCAUUAAGAAUUGCUCAACAAAUAAAUUCGAUGUCAUCGUACGAAGAAUUUCUCAAAUUUAUCAAUGUGCCUCCAGAAAAAAAAAUUCUAAUAGCUGGUAGAACCGGAGGUAGCGAAGAAAAAUCAAACGCGGAACGACCAAAGCCAGCUGGCUGUAUGCCGGAAAAUCAAACAAUAUCUUUGAGACCAGAAAAUAAAUUUUCGACAUUUUAUUAUCCUUCUUGUACGAGAGUCAAAAGAUGCGGUGGAUGUUGUGGACAUUAUCUACUCAGUUGUCAACCAAUUGAAACUGAAACUCGAAAUUUUGAGGUAAUAGUUUCGGAACUCAAUUCAGAUUUACAAGUGACAUAUAGGAAUAGAGAAAUUAUCCCGGUGGAGGAACACACGAAAUGCAAAUGUGACUGCAAAAUUAAGGCAGAGCAUUGCAACGAGAAGCAAUCCUACAGAAGGGACGAAUGUAGAUGCGUUUGUGUAAAUAUCGACGAAGAAAACAAAUGCAAGGCAAAUGGAGGUGUUAAAAUCUGGGACAGUGAAACCUGUACGUGUGCUUGCAGAGAGAGCGAAAUAUGUUCGACAGGCUUUUAUUUCGACAACAAUACGUGCAGGUGUCGACAAGUUCCAAUAUUAUCAAAGUUUGGUGAUAUAUCUAGAAAGACCGGAUACAGGUUCGGACAAACUGAAAGGCCUGAAAGCGUACCACCUGUGAUAGUAACUUUGGAUGCGUCAGAUCCAAGACGCAAGCAUAAAGAUGAUCCAGAAUAUAAAUGAAAAUUAGAUUAAUUGAACUUGGCAAAACGAUCAAUGAUAGACAGCUCCUUUUUACCUAGUAACGCUUAUAUUUAUGAGACUUUCAUACUCAUAUUAUUUAGUUAAUUAGAUCGCUACCAUGCCGCAAACAAGAGAUUUCAACCACAGCCCAGAACUUAUUUUUCACAUUGCUUACAGUCAUAAAUGUAUGACACUAGGCUCUUAAUGCUAAAUGGUGUGUCACAGAUAGAUAUGUGAUACAGGUAGCGGACGUGUUAAGCUAUAAAAUUUCACAUUUAGUAUUUAAAUAAGCAUUAAGUAUUACCUAUUUAAUUAUUGUUAUUUGGCUUGAUAUGCUGCAUUUUGACAUAUCAUAGAACUUUGUGAUAUAGUUACAAAUGUAGAUACUAUUGUAUAAAUCUUAUUCAUAUUAUUUUUUAUCUUUAUUGCCUAGAUGUAUAUAAAAUAUAUUCCAAAUAUAAUUAAAUAUAAAUAAAUAUUUGAAUUAUACA